AUGGCAGACGAAUAUGUACCUCCCGAGAAGCGAACUCAUUACUCCACGAACGCUGGACCGUCAUAUGAGGUAGGUCAAUAUUCUUUACUGGGGUUGUAAAGUCAGCUUUUGGGUAAAAUCGGUUUUUUACAGAAUCUUGAUAAUGCGUCUCAGCCUCCUCAACUUGCACUGGAACAGCACGGUAGGUAUAUGUAAUUAAGUUAUAUUUUUUAAUUGAUUUUGGGUAAUAUUCGAUGUGCAAUCCUUUGUUUUAGCUCCUUCUGGACAUGUCGCAGCUGGAAAGACUCUUGCCGACUUCUUAACAGAGGUCAAGGCUAUUAAUCCGGUUAUUCCAGACAGUGUGGCUCAGUAUUACAUGAAAAAGAACGGUUUGGACAACGAAGAUCCCCGAAUUAUCCGACUUAUCUCUAUAGCCACACAAAAGUUUAUAUCAGACAUUGCUUUAGACACUAUGCAGUCGGUAAGUUGAACUUUCUUUUGUUUUUACGUUUUUAGGUGUUUAAUGGAUUUUGUCUAAAGGUUAUAUUAUUUCGUGGUGAUGAUAAUGCAAUUCUUUAUCUUGAUAAUAGCAUAGUAUUGUUUUUUGAAACGUUAUUGAAAUAACAUAGUUAAUUUAGGCAAGAAUGCAAGGACUUGGUCAAGUGAAGAAAGGAAACCGAGAGCCACGAUUUGUGAUCAACACAGAACUUUUGGAGCCGGUACUGGAAGAGUACGGAGUUCCAUUUGAUCGACCUAACUUCUAUCAUUAA